GAGGGGACGAUGCCACGCGUAAACGGCGAUCCGGUGAGCCUAUAGGUCGCGGCGCAGCAUCGCGUCCGUUCACUCUUCGCGCGUUCCUCGUGGACGGUGUCCUCUUCCCCGUCUUCCUGUCUUCUUCGUUGCCGUUGCCGUCAUCGUCACCGUCGUUCUCCUCAGCGAGGCGUAUACACCGUAACUCGAGGAAAAGCGAGAGGAGGAAAGAGCGCGCAGACCCCGAAAGGAAGUAAGAGAGAGAGAGAGAGAAAGAGAUACAGACCGUCAUGAGAUUCAUCGGUGGAUUCGGUUUGACGGCACUAUGCCUUAUCGCGGUGAGCCUCGCCAAGGUGGAGCUGGACGAGGGUAUCUUGGUGAUCAACAAGGACAACUUCGACAGCGUCAUCAACGACAAUGAAUACGUGCUGAUUGAAUUCUAUGCUCCAUGGUGUGGACACUGCAAAGCAUUGGCACCUGAAUAUGUUAAAGCAGCGAAGAAACUGGAAGAAAGUGAUUCUUCGAUUAAGUUAGCCAAAGUAGAUGCGACGAUUGAGACUCAGCUCGCUGAAAAGCACGGAGUCAAGGGAUAUCCCACUCUGAAGUUUUAUCGUAAAGGCUCGCCAAUCGAUUAUACCGGUGGUCGACAAGCGGACGAUAUUGUAAAUUGGUUGAACAAGAAGACUGGUCCACCUGCCAAAGAUUUACCAACCAUUGACGAAGCUAAAGCAUUUAUUGAGGCACACAAUGUCGCUAUUGUUGGAUUCUUUAAGGACGUCAAAAGUGAUGCGGCCAAGGUAUUGUUGGAUGUUGGUAACGCUAUGGAUGAUCAUGUCUUCGGUAUUACAAGCAGUGAUGAAGUAUUUAAGGAAUAUGGUGUUGAGGAUGGCAAGAUUUUGUUGUUCAAGAAGUUUGACGAAGGCAAAGCUAUCUAUGACGGUGAGCUCACCAUCAAAAAUGUACAGAGCUUCAUCACCGUGAAUUCGUUGCCUCUGAUUGUUGAAUUCAAUCAAGACACGGCGCAGAAGAUCUUCAACGGAGACAUCAAGAGCCACCUGUUGAUUUUCCUUAGCAAAGAAGAAGGUCACUUCGAGAAAUAUGUUGAGGGAAUUAAGGAGCCGGCGAAGAAAUAUCGCGGUGAGGUUCUCUUUGUGACGAUCGAUUGCGACGAGACCGACCACGAGCGUAUUUUGGAGUUCUUCGGUCUGAAAAAGGAGGAUGUGCCCGCUAUGCGACUUAUCAAGCUCGAACAAGACAUGGCCAAGUACAAGCCGGAGAACCCGGAUCUGACCGCCGAGAACGUCUUUAAUUUCGUCGCAGACUUCGUCGCGGGUAAACUGAAGCGGCAUCUGCUCACGCAGGACUUGCCCGAGGAUUGGGACAAGAACCCAGUGAAAGUUCUCGUCGGCACGAACUUCCAUGAGAUCGCCUACGAUAAGGAAAAGGACGUCCUGGUCGAAUUUUAUGCGCCCUGGUGUGGUCACUGUCAGCAACUUGCGCCCAUCUAUGAGAAACUGGGUGAGAAAUACAAAGACAACGACAAAUUAGUUAUCGCGAAGAUGGACGCUACUGUUAACGAAUUGGAGGACGUGAAGAUUAUCAGUUUCCCUACGAUCACGCUCUACAAAAAAGAAACAAAUGAGGCUGUGGAAUACAACGGUGAAAGGACACUCGAGGGUCUCUCGAAAUUCGUCGAAUCCGGCGGAGAAUAUGAAUCAGCUCCAACAAGCGAGGAUUGCGAAGGUAUGGACGUUACGCAUUGUACCUUAAAUUUGUUGGGCUUGCAUAAGCUGUUGUACGACACUCUAUUGAUCACGGAGCAGGUGAAAGAAGUGCUGAAAAGAAACUGCGAGGAGGCCGCGUUCGCUUUGAAGCCGUGGCCGGUGAAAAUUAUUGAAAAGCGGAAAGAUGGAUGUACUUGUAAUCAUAAGAAAGUUACCGUUGAGAGUGAAGUCAAGGAACUCGCCGCGGGGAUUGACAGAGCGAUAACCUUGGCGCAAGAUUUACGGAAGAAGGUGAAGUUCAACGUGGCGCCUCAGAAGAGACCCUUGUGGAAAAGCCCGAUUGAGAAAACUUCCUCGUCGGCUCCUGCGUCGAGCAGUCGCGGUCAUAAAAACGCACCGCGGACGAACGAAACGCAAAAAAUAAACGCUGCGAAAAGCGCUGGCGGCAAACGUUCAUCAACCACGUUCGAGAGCGGCGGGGCAACUUCCGUCGCGUCGAGAAAGACACCCGCUAAACGAGAAUUGAGAACGUCGCCUGCAAGCAGCGCCGCGAAGUCGAAGAGCGAAAGGAAUUUUAUACUGGAGAACAAAUUGAACGUUAAAAAGAUUGUUCCGUUGAAGCCACAAGCUGACGUUCGUGGCUCUAAUAAUACUUCACGAAGUCCGAAGAGAUUUCUACCUUCGGCAACAUUGGUUCCCGAACUGAGUAGCUUGAUACACAACAUGGCACAAAAAUUUACGGAAAGUACGUUAGUUGUUUCCUUGGACGGUACCGAGCCUAAUAAUUGCCCGUUACACGAUGGUAAUCAAUUCGUUGAACGCACGAUCAUGGUAGAUGCAGCCGAGGCGCUUCGGCACUUUAACGUACCGAACGAGAUUGUCAAAACUUUAAGAGCUUCUCACGUAUUUUUCAAGAUUACUGAUACGAGUAAUUUGAAUGUUGUUAAAGAAGACAAAGCCCAGAAGUCGAUCAAUAAUUUUCUGAAAGAAUUCGAAGCGAUGAACACGUCUGUACAAGAUAGCUCAGGGGAAAUAUCUCGGUUGAUUGAUAUGGCGCAGGAGUCGAUAUUAUUAUUCAGUAAUAUCUUCACCGGAAAAUUUGAUACGUCGCAAUUCAACGACGUACAAAACUGGAUCACGAAAUCGAAGGCUAUUUUGAAAUCAUAUAACACCGAGAACACUAUAGAAGAUUGUAUCAGCGAGAAAUUAACUUGUAACGUUCCUUUGACAAGGGAAUGGAUUUCGAACGGUGUCUGGAAUAUCUCCUGCAUGAAACACUUCAAAAAUUUCUCCGAGGCGCAAUGUAUAAGAUACAACAACGAGAAGCAGUUACUGUCAUUGUACGAAGCAGUGCAGAAGUUGCAACGUACGGAAUACUUGAACACGUUGAUUCAAACUAUAUUACGCGAUGUGAUACCUGCGAUCAAAUCUAAUAUCGAUCCCACAAGCGCGGAAUAUGUGCGAACGUACAAGACGAUGUUUAUCCUUUGCCAGGGUUUGAAUCCCGAAGUGCCAGUUUUAGUUAGGACUGACAGUUAAGCCUUGCUCUACGAUAUAUGCCUUUACUCUCAGUUACUAUAGUAACCAUUGUGUCCGUACAGCUACCUUCCGCGAAAGUACAGACUGUGCAGAGUUGCGUCGUCACGUUGACGAUUGAUUUUUUAUGUUAUCAUUAUACUAUUGAUAAGUAAGCAAGUGUUGUCAU